UGUGCGUGUGCAUGUACGGUCUUUCCCCCUUCUCGCAGAAGAGGAGGAUGCCGUGAUAGCCGAUGGCACCAUCCACCACGGUGCAGCGAGUCCACCGUGGGCACCGUGCCCACUGAGUUGCACCGAGUUUCGCUGGCCCCCGGACAAUAACGAGCUGCACAGAUGACUUCCGUCCCGGUGUCCCGAGGCGGCCCUUCCUCGAGCGAGCGACAGACGCACUGCUUAGAAUCGUCGGUAGCAGCUUGAUGACUUGAACUUUGGAACUUGAUGCGAGAAAUAACUGCAAAAUUACAAAUGUGCCUUCAGUGUCUUAACAAUUGAACAAGAAAUCGUAUCAAAAUGAAUAGGGCAGAGAGCGGGGAUGCUGGUAAAGGAUGGCACGAGUGUGCCAGCUGGUUGACCAGAUGUGGUGCAUUGCGAGCGGAUCACAAGGCCAACUGGCCACAGGCAACUGCAUUUGACUUGGCCUAUACAUUACGGGAUGGUGUGUUGCUGUGCAAUCUAUUGAACAUUGUGGAUUCUGGAUGCAUAGACAUGAAGGAUGUGAAUCAAAAGCCACAAAUGGCACAGUUUCUAUGCUUGCGCAACAUAAAAGUGUUCUUAUCGGUAUGCUCGAGUGUCUUUGGCCUCUCCGACUCGGAGCUCUUUGAGCCGUUUAUGCUAUUCGACUUAUCUAACUUCCAUCGCGUUCUCUGCACACUCUCCGCCUUGUCCAAUUGUCCACGACUGAGGCGAAAGGGUAUACCUGGAUUCUUUGUUGGUCAUGGCAGAUCACAAGAGGAUAUUUAUAAAGAUUUACAAAGUGCUGGUGCAGGCCGCGAAGAUGAGGGUCGCCGCAGGAGGUUUAGGAGACGGGAGGGCGACGAAACGGGCGGCGGGGGGGAUAAUGAGGAUCCGGUUGGCGAGGAGGACGGGUACGGAGCUUUUUGCAGCCACGCGCAAAGUGAAGAGAUCUACCAGGACCUCUGUAGUCUACAUUUACCGUCUCCUCCAUCAGUUGCGCAGAGCAGUGCCAUUUCUGGAGGUGAGAAAAGGGAUUACGUGAUCCAAGAGCUCGUGGAGACCGAGCGAAAUUACACAGAGGUUCUCAGUAGCCUACUUAGACAUUUUGCCCGACCUCUGUCAUCGUUACUCCGACCCGAGGAUUCUGCCCGCAUAUUCUUCGGUAUCAAAGAGCUUUCGGAGAUUCAUGUGGGUUUCCACAGUCAACUACGCAAAGCGCGAAAUGGUGCUGCGCUCGCUCAAGUUUUCCUGGAAUGGCGGGAGAAGUUCCUUAUUUAUGGCGAUUAUUGCGCAAAUCUAACUCUAGCACAAAAUACUCUUCAGGAAUGCUGCGCGCGUAACGAAAUAGUCAAUCAAGAAGUUAUUAGGUGCCAACAAGAAGCUAACAACGGUAAAUUUAAGCUGCGCGAUAUACUGUCUGUGCCGAUGCAAAGAGUACUCAAGUAUCACUUGCUAUUGGAUAAGUUGGUAGAAGAAACUCCUCGUGAAUGGAUAGAAGACUGCCGUGCGUUGACAAAGGCGAGGGAAGUGAUGGUCGAUGUCGCUCAGUAUAUAAAUGAAGUAAAACGCGAUUCUGAUACAUUGGACAUCAUAAAUGACAUUCAAGCAUCAAUAAUCGAUUGGGAUGUGCCUGAGGAUACGCAGCUGAAGGAUUUCGGCCGAUUACUUCGUGACGGCGAGCUCAAGGUGAAAGCUCAUGGCGAUCAACGGAUAAAGGCCCGUUAUGCAUUCGUAUUCGAACAAGUGGUAUUGAUUUGCAAAGCUGGCAGAGGAGACCAAUACUGUUACCGAGAAACUCUACGAUUAGACGAUUACAGACUGGAAGACCACAUAGGACGACGAACUUUGGGUAGAGAUUCGCGUUGGUCCUACCAGUGGUUACUUGUACAUAAGCAGGCGUACACGGCAUACACUUUAUACGCGAGAACAGAAGAACAAAAGCAGAUAUGGAUGAAGGCAUUACAGGACGCGAUAGAUAAUGUUAAUCCCGCAGCCUGUCGUAAUACUAAUCAUAAAUUCAAAUUGACGACAUUUGAUGUUCCUAAGAGCUGUCAACGAUGUGGAAAAUUCCUUAAGGGUCGUAUAUUCCAGGGCUAUAAGUGUGAGACAUGUCGCCUUGCCGUGCACAAACAGUGCAUCGCGCACUCAGGUCGCUGUAUGCCUAUGCCGCCGUCGCCGACACCACCACCGCCGCUACCCUGCGAACGCGCGCUCACCGUGAAACUAUGGUUCGUUGGGGAGAUGGGCAGAGAUGCAGCUUCUAACAAACUGGAAUCCCGCGAAGAUGGCACCUACAUGCUACGCGUUCGUCCGGCUGGACAACCUCGUCUCAAACAUGAAACCAAUUAUGCUCUUAGUAUUAAAGCGGAAGGAACAGUGAAACAUAUCCGAGUAUUCAAGCGUGGAGUAUUCAAGCGUGAUGUGGAUGGUGCUGAUCUAUACUAUCUCAGCGAGUCCCGGUUCUUUAAAAGCGUCGUUGAGUUGGUCGAGUACUACGAAGGAGCGUCGCUUUCAGAGAACUUUGAAAAACUGGACCAGCGCCUAUUAUGGCCGUACCGGCGUGUCUUGGCCAGGGCGUUGUUUGAUUUCCGUGGCUGCGAAGGCAAUCAAUUGAGCCUACGACGUGGUUGUCGAGUCGUGGUGCUGAGCAAGGAAGGUGAUGCCAAAGGAUGGUGGAAGGGUAAAAUAGGUGAUAAAGUAGGAUUCUUUCCUAAAGAAUAUGUGGAGGAAGAAUAGGAUUAUUAAAGACAAAUUAUUAUAUCGUUGCAUAUAAUAUAUCGGAUUUCCAAGUUUUCAAUUAGAUGUCUUUCAAUAAUUGUAUAUUACGUAUUGUGAUAAAAUGAUACGAUUCUUUUACAAAAUUGCAUGCUUGUAAAUAUAAAAUUUUAAAGUAAAUUGAUGAUUUGUGAAAUAUUUCUAUUAAAAAAUGCGUAUUUUAUUUAUUUUUUUUAAUCAUGUGACGUUUGUAAUAUAAAUUUUACAUUUAGGAAAAGACAUCUUGAUCUUCUAAUGACAUAAGGUUUAUUACAUCUUAAGGGACGAGGAAUGUUAUAUAGGGUAAAAUGUAUAAAAUAAGAUUUUAUAAUAGAAUAUAAUUUAUAUCACAUUGUUAUAUUUUUUAAUAAUUUUUUUUAGCAGUUAUAGAACCGACAUUUUAUACGCAACGACCUAAUUUGUUGACUUUUUCGAAAUAGCCGAUAAACGCCGUGUUAAUUAUCUUACGGUGCAAUCAUGGUAAUUCUAUUGACGCAUACCUCAAUAGGGAAGUAUGAGAAGAUGAGUUUAUUCACGAGGCAUUUUUUGCGUUGUAUAAACAAAACGUAAGUAAAUGUAUGCAUAACUUGCGCGUCACAUGCGCAACUCUGAUGCUACUGUUCUUUUGUGUUUAAUAAGAUUCGAACGUGUUAUACAGAUCGUUGUAUGCCCGGCGCUACACUUAGACAACUUAGAUAAAUAUUUUUAGCCACUGUAUAGAAUUAUGAAAACAAUAAUUUCAUAUACAUGUAUUUUUUACUGCGACGCGGCAUUCCUAAUUAUUGUUAGGCGAUGAUGUCAUAAAGACUAAAGUUGUUUGUUUGAAAAUACAUUUAGAAAAUACAUUUAGAAAAAUAUGUGUGUAUACAAAAAUGCCUUUUCCCCCAAAAAUAGGAGCUCGAUUAUUUUCUUUGAAAAUUAAUUAUUUUUCUUAAGGAAAAUUAAAAGAAGAGAAAGAUUAUACCAAAGAAUUCAAAUUAACAUAUUUUUAAUAGAUGCGUAGUUAUCCACUUCAACUUUAAUAAAAAGUAAAUUUUCGAAUAUGUUAACGAUCUCUUUUAUUUUUUAUGGGCAUACUGUAUAUAUCUUGCCAGCAACUUUCUUCUUUAUGAUUAAACUUCAGAGUCAAUUGCCAGACAUUAAUUGUGCACAAUCCUAUAUGUAUGUACAAUUAAUAAAAGGUAUAUCUAAUUAUAAUUGCGAAUAAAUGCGUACACAAAUUGUAUACAGGGUGUUCGGUAAUUGAAGAACAAAGAGAACAAUUUCUCAUUAUAGAAUACGAUUAAUCUGUGUGUAUAUGUAUUGUAUUCGCAUGUUUUUGCAUUGUUAAAUAUGUCUAAAAAAAAUAUCAUUGGUUCUACAAGUUUAAUGUUAUUGAUAAUAUUAUAUCUUUACAUCACACACUUUUCUAUUAAUUAUUGAUGUCCCUUUUAACUGACUUUUAAAAUGUACAUAUUUAGAUAAAAUGAAAUGUAAUUAUAUGUAAAUUUCUUUAUGAUCUCUUCUAAUUGUUGCUUGGAGUAACAAGUUACAAGUCCAUGAAAGAAAAGCUGCCUAAAAAUCUUAAUCCAUCAUAAGCUCAAUUAGUGCCAAUCAAAACUCUGUCCAGUGGGUAGAAUAGUAAUAUUUAGGUACUAACAAUAAGUUCAAAAGUCCAGGAGGGAAAUACACCAAAUUUCAUUAACAGUUUAUGAAAUUAGCUAGAUAUAUUGUUAUUCCAAGUAACAGAAAUGAUAAAUUGAGAAAUUUAUUCAAAAAAAUUGAGAAAUUAUUCUCUUUUUACUAGUUAUAUUACUGAUUAUCGAACAACUAUAUAUAGAUACAAAAAUAUAUAUACAUAAUAUAUAUAUUUAUCUUUUUCAUAUAUAUUUUAUUGUAAGUAUGACAAAUUAAUUUUACUAUUUUUUUAAUUGUUAGACGUAUUUUUCUGAGUGUGCCAAUAAGAAAUUCUAUCAAUAAAGGAUCUUAUCGAGAUGUUA